UUCAUCAUAUAUUCUGUUUGCUCAAAUGGUUUUGUUGUGGAUUAGGUUUAGGGUUUAGUGUUAAAUACCCCAAUUGUGUUAAACCAGUUUCAGACCUCAGCCUAUAUGUCAUUGACACUUUGACACUUUUCUAAUCUAUCUUUUUUCUGUUUAAUUUAUCAUUUCUUGUCUUGUUUUUUUCUAUUCAAUUAAGUUUGUCUGGUUUUCUUUAAUUAAACUAUUAUGCCAACCCACUUAAAAAUGGGACGGAUUGAUGCAUCUUUCCCUGCCCUAUUUCUUGGGACGCCAAUGGCAGGGUGGGCAUACUUUGUCAAUGUUGUCACUGGAGGAGGAAACUAUAGCUAAAGUAGCAUAAACCCUGACGUCCCAUGAACAAUCUUGUGUCAAUUCUUAUUUUGGGUGUAGGAUUUUCAGAGCACUAGUGUUGCAGAAGUCAUUGAAUUCUCGUGUAAAAUUCUUUUCCAAGUGCUUUCCAAGCAAGAUAAGAAUGGAAAAUAAUCUUAAUAGUAGCACAGGGGGAAAAAUGGAGUCUAGGGGUGCCUUGGUUGUCCUAGAAGGCCUGGAUCGUUCUGGGAAAUCUUCUCAGUGUAGCAGACUAGUGUCCUUGUUGGAGGGACAAGGGAUCUCUGCUGAAUUAUGGAGAUUUCCUGACAGAACUACAAAUGUUGGGCAAAUGAUAUCUGCUUAUCUUAGUAACACAUCUCAGUUGGAUGAUCAUACUAUUCAUCUCCUCUUCAGUGCUAAUCGUUGGGAAAAGAGGUCAUUGAUGGAAACAAAACUGAAAACCGGAAAAACUCUCAUUGUUGACCGUUAUUCUUAUUCUGGGGUGGCUUUCUCAUCUGCCAAGGGACUUGAUAUUGAGUGGUGCAAGGCCCCAGAGAUUGGUUUGCUGGCACCAGAUGUGGUAGUAUACCUUGACAUAUCUCCGGAGAAAGCUGCGGAAAGAGGAGGGUAUGGAGGUGAGAGAUAUGAAAAACUGGAGUUUCAGAAGAAAGUUGCUGAUUGUUACAAAGUUCUUCAUGAUGUAUCCUGGAAGGUUGUUGAUGGUUGCCAAUCCAUGGAAGAUGUGGAGAAACAGUUGCAGGAGAUUGUACUUGAUUGUGUAAUAGAAUGUGGGAAGGGGAAGCUCCUUUCCACCUUGUGGUCGAAAUAGAUGUUAUCCAAUAACAAAUAUGCAAGAUAUAUUAGUUUGAACACCAAAACCCAUUUUUUUGGAACUCUGAUUGCUUCUUUCUUGUGUUCUAUAAUCACAUUGAUUUGUUUCCCUAACAAUUUGAAGACGGCCUGAGAAUUCCUCUUAUACUCAACUUGGAAGGAAUGAAGAGUUCCUCUGCAGCAGCUUUGUGCGUCUCUGAUCAGGUCCAGAUUCACUCAAGAAUAUAUUUAAUGCUUGUGGAAUUCGUAGGAAAAUAUUUUGGUAAAAACCAAAUUAAUUUAUCUAUGAAAAUGUUAGCUCUGUUUAUAAGCCUUUCUUUAGUUA